AUGGCCACUUUAAUUGCUCCCAAAGACUUCUCUCCUGUUGAAGAUGCAGAGAAUAUCAAGAAGGCUUGUUUAGGUUGGGGGACAGAUGAGAAGGCCAUAAUCUCCAUUUUAGGCCACAGAAAUGCAACUCAAAGGAAGCUUAUAAGGUUGGCUUAUGAAGAAAUCUACAAUGAGGAUCUCAUUAACCAACUCAAAUCUGAGCUUUCUGGAGACUUUGAGAGAGCUAUAUGUCAUUGGACACUUGAUCCUGCUGAUAGAGAUGCUGUUUUAGCGAAUGCUGUACUAAAAGCGUCGAAACCUGAUUACCGUGUCAUCAUCGAAAUAGCGUGUGUUCGGUCUGCAGAAGAGCUUUUGGCAGUAAAACGUGCAUAUCGGUUUCGGUUCAAGCAUUCCCUCGAGGAAGAUGUUUCCUCCUGCACGAAUGGAGAUAUCAGACAACUUCUGGUGGCAGUUGUUAGUUCCUACCGAUAUGAAGGCAAUGAGAUUGAUGAAAGCACUUCACAUUUUGAAGCAAACAUUCUUCAUGAUGCAAUCAAAGCCAAAGCUUUCAACCAUGAAGAAAUUAUCAGAGUCCUUAGCACAAGAAGUAAGCCACAGCUCAAUGCAACUUUCAAUCACCAUAGAGAUAUCCAUGGCUCUUCUAUCACCAAGGGUUUGAUGGGUGAACCAGGUGAUGAGUAUCUUGCUGCAUUAAGAACUGUUAUCAGAUGCAUUAGAGAUCCAAAAAAGUAUUAUGCAAAGGUUCUGCGAAAUGCGAUGAAUGCGGUCGGGAUCGACGAAGACGCUCUUAGCAGAGUGAUUGUGACAAGAGCAGAAAAAGAUUUGAAGGAGAUCAUGGAACUGUAUCUGAAGAGAAACAAUAUAUCUCUUGAGAAAGCUGUGGCCAGAGACAUAGGAGGAGACUACAAGGCAUUCCUUCUGGCAAUUCUGGGCAGUGAUGAGCCUUAA